CGUCAUUUAAUGGCAUUCGUUUAUGUUUCGACUGCUUAUUCUCAUCAUUACAAUCAAACAAUCGAGGAGAAAGUUACCGAGGAAGUGGUUCAAAGCAUCGUAGACAAGUGGAUCAACAUUUACAGCUUUAGUAAAGCCACCACUGAAGAAUUGGUUCGCGAUUUUGCUAGAAAA